AUGGAUGUAGUGCCAUCACGUCAUGGCGUCAUCGACACUCCGGGCGAUGCAGACACGGUGCUACAGAAGCUUGCGGACGGGGGUUAUCACCGCGCCCGUGUUAAGGCUCUCCCUGUGUUUGAUCGUAUCGCUGGGGGUCUCACCUGGGGCAUUUUGAGUUCCCGCCAUCGUCUACAUGUAGAGUUUGUUGAGAAUGCCACCAUCCGAGAAAAAAUUUGCAUAUCUGAAAAAAUCUGCAAUGCGUUGAAGCGCAUGCAGUGUCCCAUUGACCUUCGGCCGCACCAAAUUCAUGGGCUUGACUAUUCAUCCCUGCUGCCUGUUGCGGCGUGGCUGCUCAAGCGUGUAGAAGCCACCCGUGCGGAAAACGCAUUUUUUCUGGAGAAGCAGACCGCGUGGGAUUUUUCCCGUCGCUUCGGUACCUCUCUGCAGUCGUUACUUUCGGAAAAGGAGAUGACAGCGCAGAGUGGUGGUGAUGAUGUUUCGUUGCUGCCACCCACGCAGGAGUCACUGUGUUUUUCCAGGCGUCGCCCUGCCCCCUUGCGGCAACGGGUUUCAGAGGUUGCAGAUCGCCACAGUGUGGAGAAACCGCAGGGUGGGCAGAAUUUUUCCCGCCUGGUGCAUGUUUCCUCCGCGCUACUGGAGUAUGGGAUAAGGUACGAGAUGCGGGACUCGGUUUUAAUGCUAAGGCAUGUGUCGAGGGGUGUGGUUGCGGAGGAUGAAGAAGUAGCCAGAGAAGUGCGAGAACAGGAGGAAGAGGAGAUGCGGGAGGAGCGAAUGUUCGAGAUGAUUAUAAAAAAGAUGCGAGACCACCGCGAACGCACGGAUGGGAAAAUGUCCCUUAGUAAGGUGAAGACUUUGAUGCAGACAACGAAAAUAUCCGAGUCCUUGCAGAAAUUAAGUGCGGAGUAUCACGCACGGCAGCAAGAACGGCAAAUGCAACAGGAUAGUGUACAGGCCAUGCAGAGAAAGCUGCAACAGAAACAGGAGGCAACCGUGAGAUACCGUCAAGAGUCCGAGGCGCUGCGGCUGCAGUGUGAAGAGGCGGUGCAGCAGCUUGCUGAGGCACAAUCGAGACUUCAGGAUGCAAAGGCGAAAGUAGCCCGACGCACUGCGAAAUGGACUGAAUACAUGCAUAACCUUCAAGAUGUUUAUCAGCAUGUCAUGGCGGAUCCUGUACGAGGCAAACUCCUGCAGAAACUUCAGGGCCUCUUAGACCAAAAGGAAGAGCAACGGUUGCUUUUGGAGGAGACACGAAGGGAUGGGAAGCAGCGUCUGAAAGCUGCCAAGGCGAACUGUGUUGCUCUUGCCGAACGUAGUGCGAAUGCGGAACCCGGUGUAGACGACUUGUGGGAGAAGGAGCGUGCCAAGUACGUAGCUGAAUUAAGGCGAAAAGAAGCAGAAUUGUCGGCGAUAAAUCAGAAAGCGUCGGAUCUUCUACGGCGUACCGAUGCAUUUCCGACUCGUUUGGAGCUGAUGCAGAUUCAUAUGCGCAUUUGUGAGCUUAACGAGGAGGUGUCCUCCAAGUACGAGGAGUUGCGAGCUGCCUUUGCCCGCCACAACACACGUAUGGAAAUCCUCAAGUGUCUGGAGAGCGAGGAUGUUAUCAUGACGCAGUUAGCGGGGAAGAUGGAGUGGUGUCUGCGGCAGCCAUCGUGGGUGUCAAAGAAUGUCUCCGUGGAGCUGAUCCGGGAGCAGGAGCGGGUGGUGACACAAUUACGUGACUCUCUGGAUGCGGUGCUUCGAAGAAAUGAGGAUGUGACGUCGAAGAUGACUGCUGCAAGGAAGGAAUAUGAGUCUCUGUUGGUCAGGAAGCAGCAGCACCGGGAUAUGUUAGGGCUCUUGAAACAAACGAUUGAGGAGCAAAACGCACGGAUGGAGCCACAGCCUUAG